AUGUCUCAGCAACCCUCCCAAGCCUUUUCGACGCCGCCGGAGCCGGCUCGGCAUGCUGAUGGCGACGUCAUAACGGGGCUCCAAGAAAGCACUGUGGUGCUUCUUUCCCUCGUGUGUACCAACCCUCGGUAUCCUUCUAGGCCCGUUGCGGCCGUGGAGGGGCGUGUGCGCAUCCGCCCCAGGGCAAGGCUGGCCGACUCAACCGAAGCUCGCGCCUCGCUGACGACUCUGUACGGCGUAUCUGUGGUCACGUCAUUCGCUGGUUUUUUUACCCUAUUUUAUUCUGUACUGGACGACUGCUUUUCCCCUUUUGGGGUCUGUGCUUGUGUGUCCUGUCCUGUCCUGUCCUGGGCUCGUAUACAGAACAAGAACCAACCCAACGGCAUGGAUAAGCAUGUUUGGGAUGCCUCCUCUCUAGGCAAAGCCUGCUGCUUGGGCGAAACAACCUCUCAAGAUCUCAGAUGGGAAUCCCGUGUGCAUGACUUGUGCGACGCGGAUUCCCUCCUCCGGUCUAGUGCAAACAUGCUUACCUGUUAA